UCGGUCGGUGGAAGGGGUGAUAAGGAACGGGAGCUUGUUUGUCCUCUUCGUCACUGAGCAGGGAUGAGCGUGCUGGUGUGCUGUCCCAGAGCCUGGAAACUUAGGAAAGCAAAAUAGGUAGUUUGAAAUAAAUACACCCAGCUAUUUUGUGGCUCCAAACUACAAUUAUGCGGGGAAGUUGAUUCUGCAGCUGCUUGUGACUGCAGCCUGAAGGCCUGCAGUGUGCCGGUGAGUGUCGGCCAGGGCACGAGGGCAUUCAGUAACCGGGAAAAUGACUGGCUUUCUUGAGGAAGGAACAAAGAAGAAACCUUUAUUUCUUGCGUAGUUGGAAGGCAAAGCAAUACAGUCUUGACACCUGGUUAACUUACAGAAGCAUUUUUUCAAAAUACCUCUUGACGGUGUGGAUCUUGUAACUCUGACACAAACGUGCCUUUGGACUCGUGCAAAUAAAUCAUUGGAAGAGUUGAUUGGGCAAAGCAGUCAUUGAAAGAGUGGCUGUUGAAGAAUCAUGACGAAACACUUGGAGAUCAUCAAUUUGUCAUUUUUGUUGGAACAUGAAAAGGAAACAAUAUUGGGAGUACUGAAGAGAGAUGAGUAUCUGAAAAAAGUUGAAGAUAAAAGGAUAAGGAAAUUGAAAAAUGAGCUUCUGGAAGUGAGAAGGAAAGGUGGCAACCGUCAUUGUCAACAGGACAACAGCAGGGUCUGUGUUCGCUGUCAGAAAAGCCUGGGCUUAAUCUUUGACAGAGGAGACCUGUGCCAGACCUGCAAACUUCGAGUUUGCAAUAAGUGUCGUGUCGUGGGAACUGACGGGCAGUGGAAGUGCUCAGUGUGUGCCAAGAUUGCACAGCUACGAAUAGCGACAGGAGAAUGGUUUUUUGAAGAGAGAGCAAAGCGCUUCAAACAAUCAAAUCUUGGAACUGAUGUUGUCAGACAGUCUAUUCUACGCAAAUUCCCAGAGACAGUUUCCAGCAAGGAUGAAGGAAGAACUUUUAAAGAUCAACCCCAAGAGAAUGAAGAGAAAAGGCCAGAUGUAUCAGUCUCCUCCACAAAUGGGCAUAAAUCAGUCUUCAGCGGACCUAGAAAGAUAGGGAGGGUAAUUAGGGCGGUUACCAAAGGAGAACUUAAAAAUGCAAAAGACGAAGGUGAAAGGAACGCAGGCUCAGAACCUGAAACCCAAAGUCUGCGCAAUGGCAAGUCAAUGCCUUGCUCUGAGAGAGGGAGCACGCUUUCGCUGAACGGCAGUGAUGCAGAGUCCACUGCAGGCCAUCUGAAAGGGGCCGUGGGUCCUGCGAACAGAGGCAACGUUUCCAUACCUUCCCUCCGGAGGUCUCCGGCACUCGGCACGCGCAGCAUGACUGCAGAUUAUAGCAGGGACCCUGGCUUAGAAAAUGGCAUGAUUAUUCCAGCAAGUGAAAGUGUACCUGAAGAUUUAGUAAAGAAGCACUGUAGGAAAGCAUCUGGAACACCUUCCAUUGCAGUUUCUAGGGUAUCUUUGUCAUCAGAUCGUAGCCGAUCGGAGAUAGAUUUGAGUGAAUCUUUCUCUGAAGGAAAUGAGGAUACUCUGAGCAUAAGAAGCAAAUCUGUACCUAGUGCCUUAGAUCAGGAACUGGAUUAUCUGGACGAAACAGAAGAAGAUACUGAUGACAUAGUGGCCUCUCGUUAUUCAAGGAAACACGGACAUUUGACAAGUGGAUUGUCAACAAACUCCCCAGAAGGCUCUGACAGAAAAUGGACGUAUUUAAAUGUGCCUGAAACAGAUGGUGAUACUACUAGCAUUAACAGCAUGCUGAGUGUAUAUAGUGAAACUGGUGACUAUGGCAACGUGAAGGUCAGCGGCGAAAUCCUUCUCAACAUCAACUACAGCUACAAAACAGGUGCCCUCAACAUCCUGGUAAAAAGUUGCAGAAACCUGGCUGUUGCAGAUGAGAAGAAGCAAAGGACUGAUCCAUAUGUCAAAGCAUACCUUCUGCCUGAUAAGUCCCGCCAAAGUAAACGCAAGACCAAAAUUAAAAGUAACAGCACCAACCCAGAAUUUAAUGAAACGCUGAAGUAUGUCAUCAGUCACACACAGCUAGAAACCAGGACCCUGCAGCUUUCUGUCUGGCACUAUGACAGAUUUGGACACAACAGCUUCCUUGGGGAGGUGGAAAUUCCAUUAGAUUCCUGGAACUUUGAAAAUCAGGGCGAUGAGUGGUUUGUGCUCCAGCCCAAGGUGGAGGUAGCGACAGAUGUUGGCCUUCAAUAUAAAGGAGAACUGACAGUUGUUUUACGUUACAUUCCCCCAGACAGAAACCUAAUGCUUCCUCUAGGGCAGUUUCAAGGAAAGAAGAGCUUCAAAAAGGGAAAAAAGGGAGACUCUCACAUGCCAUCUGGAGGUAUAUUAGAAGUCCUCAUCAAAGAAGCAAAGAAUUUAACAGCAGUGAAAUCAGGAGGCACGUCUGACACUUUCGUGAAAGGAUACCUUCUCCCAGAUGACAGCAAAGCUACAAAACACAAAACUCCCAUAAUAAAAAAGAGUGUGAACCCCCAGUGGAAUCAUACCUUUUCUUUCAGUGGCUUGAAUUCAAGGGAUAUACGUAAUGUCUGCCUAGAACUGACUGUGUGGGACAAGGAGUCGCUCUCCAGUAAUAUUUUUCUGGGAGGUGUCCGUCUGAGCACUGGAAAUGGUGUAAGUAAUGGCAAGGAGGUUGACUGGAUGGACUCUCAAGGGGAAGAGCAGCACCUCUGGCAGAAGAUGAUUGACAGUCCAGGAGUCCCUGUGGAGGGGAUAUUAAUGCUGAGGUCCAGCAUGGGAAAACGCAGACUCUGAAAGACUUUAACUACUUAAGGGGUACCACAGGUACUCUUGACUUCAGUGGUGUUCAGGCUCUUGUCACUUAGCCCGUUUGAAAGUGGGGAAGGAUUGUACUUUUUGCCUUGGAUAUUAAGGCUCCGAGUGAGAUUUUAAUGCAUUCUGCACUUUCAUGCGCAUGUUUUUAACCCACGUUUCUUGUACAGAUUGUGUUUCUCUUGAAGCCAGUGAGGACUGGACCUUGUACAGAGAUUGGACUGGCUUUCCCUGUCCCUUCUGGUGACUGGUAUGCAGCUGAUGAACUCCUCUGCCUCUGGGGGGGCACAGAGUGAGCAUCUAGUUGGUCUUUUAGUAAGUAAUGCCUGGUUUACGUGUCUCCCUCUGGGUCAAAGAUGGCCUAGAAGACAGCAGUGAUACAGUACAAGCAGAUUCAGAGUGAGUCUGUGCUUUGGUAUUUGGAAGGUGAGAAGCCGUAAUGUUACGAAGGACAACAAACAACAUUUCUUUGUCAUGUUUGCUGGUUGGGCUGUGCAGCGUGCGGGAUGGCAGGCUUGGGACCAAGCAGCCCACCAAGGAAGGCCAAUGCACUGUGUUGCACACUAGAAAUAAGGAGCAGGUGAGCUGGUGUACAGUGCUGGUGUUCUGGCAUUCUCUGGGUUAUUUUAAAGCACUGUAUAAAAGGCAGAGUUGGUUCAAAGUAACCAAAGAGCCUCUAAUGAAAAUAAAUUGUAACAAAUCCCCAAACAGUUUCCAGAACUACAUGGUAUUACUGUGUUUUUCAUUCAGUUGACAGCUCUAGCCAAGAUCUUCUGGUGCCAUUGAACAGAAGGAAUGUGUUCACAUGCCUGUCACCAUCUGAUGGGUCGCUGAGAUGAGACCCAUACUGGGUUUGGACAUAGUUAGCUAAGGCCUUGAUUCGACAGAUUUUGUAGUAGAGUGACGUGAUUAAAGCACAUGCCAGAAUGAUUUGCACAACUGUGGGAUUUUCUCUGAAUGGGCUGGGAUCCCAUUCAGGCGUGCCCACGCAUGUUAAUUAUUAACCAGAGUAGGACUUUUUUCUCCUGAACAUCCCCCUGUGAGUUAACACUGGAUUUAAUGAUAAGAGUGACUUUGGGCCAAUUCAAUCAUUAAUCUUAUUAACUGUGACAAUUGUUCAAUGGUAAUUUUGCCAUUUGGUUUCCUAAAGUGAUUUUACACCUAACACUACUUAGAUCCCCCAUCCUCUGGGGACUUACGCAGGUCAUAUGUGAAGAGCAUGCUGUUUUGAAUAGUUGUUGUGGGCUACUCCUACCAUAAUGAGAUAGGAUUAUAAUCAUUUUUCAAGGCCAGCACGUCUGCUUGCCAGAUUGAAUAAUAAUAUAAUUGCAUGGCAUGUGAUUGCUCAGGGUAUAAGACAAAGGAAGAUCAGUAAAGUAAACUGAGUGAACAACAUUUCUUCCGAAUUUUCCUAAACCAAACCAAACUUUUUUUUUUUUUUUUUCCUAAACCAAACCUAACUUUUGGCACCUAAACUACCUCUCUCUUUAACAGAAUCGGUCCAAGUUGUCUUGGUUGUUUGUACUGCAAACCUGUAUUUAUUUGGGGAAUAGUUAUAUUAUCUUGACAUGGAGGCACAAGCUUGAUUUUUCACUUGCUGGAAGUUGAUUCAAAAAGAUAAAGCUUGUUAAAUCUAAAGAAAAUGAUUCUUUAGGGUAAAAUUCCAGCUAGAGUUGUAGAGGAACACUGGGGAGUUGGAUGGUUUGGUUUUGUUUCAUUUUGAUGGUGAAAAUGGGAAAAACAAUAAGAACACAAAAAUUCCUCCAAGUUGGACCCCAAAGUGGACACCUUUUUCUCUUGCCAAAUUGAAAACCUUAAAAAAUUUUGAACUGAACUAAACCUUUUAUUUAUACAUGGAGUACAAGAGUUUGUCUAAUUUUUGAAUGGUAUUUUCUAACCUUCUAAGUAUGAACAUUUUAGUUAAAUCAAGUCUUGCUUUGAAAGGAAAAAGUCUGUGCUUUCCUACUUCAGCUUCUGCCCAUUUUGGUCCUAUGAUAGAGUUUGUGAUGAAUGGACUUGUCUGGGAAGUGUAACCCGGCUCAUACAUGGGCUUUAAGUUCUGCCUUUUCCUUCCAAAGGGCCAAAAUUUCACUCUGAGCCUGCACCUGAAAUUAUAGACUGGGCUAUGAAUAGACUGGAGGUGUCAACUUCAGUUCAGCAUAUGAAAGGAAAAAUUUCAACUGGGAAGUAAUUUCGGGCAACGUGGUGGUGUUUGCCAUUGAUGGGAUUUGGCGUAGUGCAGUGAAAUUACCUCCUAGGUUAGCAGUGACAAUUCUGCAUUAUGGUAGCAUAUGAUAGGUAUCACACUGUGCCUCAAAUGAGCCUCGAAGAGAUGAUGAGCAUCAUAUAAACACUAGAGCAAUUUGGAAAGCUUUGCUGUUCUAUGAUGUUAUCUGCACAUUUGUAGGAAGCGUUUGAUUUGUGGAAAAUGUCACAUUUAAUUACAUCUCUUGUAUCUUUGGUCUCUUCCUUUACAAAAAUGAUUUAUGGUUUGGAAAAGCACAAGAUGGUUAACUGCAGAUGUGAUUUCUUGUUUCCCAGAUAUUUGAAUUAAUUGCCUGUAAUUGUGCAUCAUCACGUACUGUGUGUUACCAGGCUGAACAAAAAGACGGAAAGCCAGGAAUUAGGCAAAAGCCUUCCUUUUGUAUGUAUGUUUAUGGUAUUGAAGGUGCAUGAAUGGUUUAUUCAAGGCUAAUUUUUAGGAGAAAAUAACCACAAUUUUAGCAAUGAUUCAUAAAAUCCUUCCCUGAGUAAAUAGACAUAGCA